CCUCACCCAACCCCCUAUACAACUAUCCAUUCGAUACACACAUCACAUCGUCUCGUCUUCCUCUCCUCCUCACAAGACGCAAAUCAAAAGUCGUACAUCUCGUCGGAAAGAACAACAUGUUGUCACAAUCACUUAGAGCUUCCAGGUCGGCACUCCGACCCGCCGUCUCGGCUCAGAGGCAGCAGGUCCGGGCCUUGUCCAUUCACGAAUACCAGUCGGUCCAGCUCUUGAACUCGUAUGACAUCCCCACCCCCAUCUCCAAACCCGCCUUUUCGCCCUCGGAAGCUGAAUCCGUCGCCAAGUCCUUCUCGGACCCCAACUCGCUCGUCCUCAAAGCCCAGGUCCUCGCAGGAGGUCGAGGGAAAGGUCACUUCACCUCGGGCUACCAGGGAGGUGUUCAGAUGAUCGACUCCCCCGCCCAAGCCAAGGAAGUCGCCGGGAAGAUGUUGGGCGAAAAGUUGGUCACCAAGCAGACGGGCGAGGCGGGGAGGUUGUGCAACGCCGUCAUGCUGGCCGAGAGACUUCCCCCGCAGAAGGAAUAUUACGCGGCCAUCCUCCUCGACCGUGCUAGGGGCUGUCCGGUUUUGGUGACUUCCAACCAGGGAGGUAUGAACAUCGAAGAGGUCGCACACGAUACCCCCGAGGCGAUCAUCACCACCGAAUUGGACUUCGACAACGGGAUCAGCAAGGCCGAUGGGAUCGCCUUGGCCGAGAAGCUCGGUUUCAAGGAAGAGGCUAGGGAGAACGCGGCCGAUGUGUUCGGCAAGCUUUAUAGCAUCUUCAAGGACAAGGAUGCUACGCAGAUUGAAAUCAACCCGUUGAGCGAGAUGUCGGAUGGCAAGGUUCUCUGCAUGGACGCCAAGUUCGGUUUCGACGACAAUGCCGACUUCCGUCAAAAGGACGUCUUCUCUCUCCGUGAUACGACCCAGGAAGACCCUCAAGAGGUCGAAGCGGCCGAGUACGGUCUGAACUUUAUCAAGCUGGACGGCAACAUCGGAUGUCUCGUCAACGGAGCCGGUCUGGCCAUGGCCACGAUGGACGUCUUGAAGCUGAACGGAGGGGACCCGGCCAACUUUUUGGACGUCGGGGGUGGGGCUACGGCCGAGGCGGUCAAGAAGGCGUUCGAGCUGCUCUUGACGGAGAAGAAGGUCAAGAGCAUUUUCGUCAACAUCUUCGGUGGAAUCAUGCGAUGCGACGUGAUCGCCGAGGGAAUCAUCAAGGCGACCAAGGAGUUGCAAUUGACGAUCCCCUUGAUUGUCAGGUUGCAGGGUACCAAGGAGGCCGAGGCCAAGGCCAUGAUCAAAGAGUCGGGACUCAAGAUCUUCCCCUUCGACGGACUGGACGAGGCUGCUGCCAAGGCCGUCGAGGCUGCCCGAUAGGAGAGACGACUAUACAGAGUAGUCUCGUCGGUGUUUGUUUGUUUUCGCAAUCCUACUAGUCUAUCAUUAUGAAACCGAGAGAGAUAUAUCAAUCGACGAAUGUGGUCGAUGACGUCCGUGUCGCGUGGUCGGUCGUUUUCCACUUUCGGCGAUCGAAACAGACGGAAAAGCUUCCGAGAGUAGAGUAGAGACAGGUUGCAGGUUGGUUGUCGACCUCGAACGGUUCAAGUAGCAUCAGCAUCUCCAUCUACCAUCUCGAUUGCA